AAGAAAGAAAACUAGCUCAGAGCCAGUUCUGGUUUCUUCCUCCCGCAAAUGCAGAAAGGCUGGUUUGCCCCUAAAAACGUCUGGCUCGGCACUGAAUGUCGGGCGUUGAUUUGAAAAGUCUGGUUAAUGAGAUUGUACAUAAGUGCAGGGAUCCUGUCGUUUCUUGUUUGCUUCGAAAGCCACAAAACCCCGAAAAGGAAAUGGUGGAGAAUAGUGGGAGGACAGUGACAAGAAACCUCAUGACCUCAUCCUUUCCGCCUCGUGAGGAUUGGCUGGCUGAUGUCUGGGGGAGAGUUUAAAUUCCAGAAGGCUGCAGAUGGAAAGCAGAGGGAAGGCAGACUCAGCAUCUCUGGAGCAAGUGAUCCCGGUGUUGCCUGGACCAGACCUCUUGCCUGAGACGUCCUGCCAGAUAAGAGCAUCACAAUGAAGAUUGCUGUGCUGUGCUUGUGCCUUUUCACCAUUGCCUUUGCGAUACCAAUAAAAAAUUCAAAAUUCCACGAUGGUUCAACAAGUUCAGAAGAAAAGCAUGAUCCCAAGGGUCAUCAUGUUCACAAACACCACCACCACAAACACCACCACCACCACAGCCAUUCCCAGAGCCAGGAACAUGUUGACAGCCAUGUUGACAGCCAUGAGUUUGAGCAUGUUGACAGCCAUGAGUCACAAGAGCAUCAGUCGUCCUCUCAUCUGAGCUCUCAUUCAGAUGAAAGUGAAGAGAUCACUGAACAACAAACCCUUCUGGUACCUUCCGGUAAGAGUAAGGAAGAUGACCACAGUGACGUGGAUGACCAUGAUGAUGUGGAUGAUGACAGCCACAGUGAUGAUUCUGAAGAGUCCCACGAAUCAGACGAAUCCCAUGAAGUCGUCACUGAGGUUCCCACAGACGAGCCUCUCACUCCAUCUGCCGAACCUGAUCCAUUUACAGGCAGAGGUGACAGUCCUUACGGAAUACAGUCCUCCUUUUUGAAGAAGUCCCAAAAGUCUUCUGAAAAGUUUGAUUCUCAUGACACUACACAGGAAGAUGACAGUGUACCAGAUGUUUCUUCUGAAAGUCAGGAUACUAGCACAGAGGACAAAAGUAACCUGCAAGACAGCAAUGAGGUUCACAGCUCAUCCCACCAGAAGAGUGCAGAAAAUUACAGCCGACAGAAACUUGACAGUUUUGAGGAAGACCAUGAUGACAGCAAAGCUGACAUCUCCCAGGAGAGCUAUGGGGCUGACCACAGCAGUGAACAACUGAAGGCCCACAGUGACAGGGAGGGAUCCCAAGAGGCAGACCAUGACCAGAGUAUGGAAAGCGUUGAUGAUCAUCACAGUAUUGAGAACAAUGAGAUUUAAUACUAAGCGAAAACCAAAGCAGGGGCCAAAGAAACACUUAUCUGAGAGAAUCCCUCCUGGUUUUUUGCAUGAGUGGGCGCAUAUAGGAUUGGAACCCAAAUUGAUCUUUCUUUUUUUUAACUUUUGCUGCAUUAGAGAGAAGGGCUAUACAAUUCUUACUUGAAUACCUGCUCCCAGUUAUAUACACAUCAGGAGUCUGAUUGCAAGCAGUAGCAAUUGCUGACAGUGGGCGUUGCUAACCAGGCAGAUAAUGCACCUUAAUCCUAUGCAUGUUUCCUUGGGGCUUAUAGCCAAGUAAAAAUGUUUAGGGUUGCAUCCUUAUGGGUUCAGUACCAGCAGUCCUGACCAUUAGUAAACCGUAAGCCCUUUUUGUUGCAUAGUCUUCUGCUCAAUCACCCGGUGGUUUGUUAUGAAGGAAAGAGAGAGGAGAUGAUAAUGAUGGGGGAAUCUGGUUUUUCACUCAGACUGAAUGUUAUGUCUUAUGAUACUGUACUUCUAAGGGGUUUGAUGUUGCAAUGUAUAUUUUGUUGAUAAUGGCGAGUUAAAUAAAAAGACCAAAACCUUA